AAGUUUGUGGUUGCCUGGCAACAGGGAACGCCACGGGAGGCGGGCCCAAACCUUCCGGAGUGAGAUUGAGCUGCCGGGUUUGUUUAUUUGGGGACAGAUAAACAAACUCAACUGGGUUGCAAUUUAUUUGGGGGAUGAGUUGCGAACACUGGGAUUAAUAUUAUCUAUACGGAGAUAGGCGGAGCGGGCGCUGUUCUCGUAGGUGUGUGGUUUGGAGGGGGGCGAAAAAAUUCAAACAAUUCUUUUUGGGAGUGACGCAUGCAUUUUGCAAGUCGUGUAUUCUUGAAAAUCUUAGUCAUUGGUUCUGAAAAUAUGAUGAUAUCGAGAGGGCGCGUUUAGGGUGGGAAUGGGUACCACUGCAAUGUGUUAAUUUUUUUGCAGUUAAUUGUACUGUUCAAUUUAAUAACAAUCCGAACACCUAAUUAAGUUAACUUACUAACUCCACCAGAAUCUAUACAUAUUUAAAUAGAUCUCAGUGUAUGUCUGUCUGUCUAUCUAUCUAUCUAUCUAUAUGCGCUUUCAAAGUCAUUAAAGUAUUGCUGUAGUCAUCAACAUUUAAUUGACAUAUGAAAAAUAAUUAAAAAAAACAAACUAAUGUGUUGUUGUUUUUUUUUUUUUUGCCAAUUUAGGAAAUCUACAAAAUAUCUUAGACGUUUUAAAAGACCGUCUUUAUAAUGAUUCUUCAGUUUCUUGUUUUAUCUUUAAUGAAAGUUCUAUCGAGUUGAAACCCCGUGUUGUGCGCAGGUUAGACCUUUAGAUACAUUCGGCAUUCGUGUGCUUCGGGGCGACACAGCGGGGUAAUAAUGGCGUCCGAGUCGGUAAAGGUAGUGGUCCGAUGUCGACCCAUGAACGAAAGGGAGAGGGCUCUGAACUGCAAAGCGGCGGUGACUAUGGAGAGCGCCCGAUGUCAGUGCUUCAUCCAGAAGCCGGGAGCCACGAAUGAGCCACCCAAACAGUUCACAUUCGACGGGACCUACUACACUAAUCAGACCACGGAACAGAUGUACAACGAGAUCGCGUAUCUGCUGGUGGAGGGUGUAACGGAAGGCUACAAUGGGACGAUUUUUGCGUACGGACAGACAGGCAGCGGGAAAUCCUUUACCAUGCAGGGGAUCACGGACCCCCCUGCCCAGAGGGGAGUCAUCCCCCGAGCCUUCGAGCACAUCUUUGAGAGCAUUCAGUGUGCAGAGAAUACAAAGUUCCUUGUGAGAGCCUCAUACCUUGAAAUCUACAAUGAGGAAAUCCGAGACCUUCUCGGGAACGACACUAAACAGAAGCUGGAGCUGAAGGAGCACCCAGAGCGGGGUGUGUACGUGAAGGAGCUGUCCCUGCACACAGUGCACAGUGUGGUGGAGUGCGAGCGCAUCAUGGAGCAGGGCUGGAAGAACCGCUCUGUGGGAUACACCCUGAUGAACAAGGACUCGUCUCGCUCCCACUCCAUCUUCACCAUCCACCUGGAGAUCUCCACCGUCGACCAGUCCGGUGAGGGCCACCUCCGGGCAGGAAAGCUGAACCUGGUGGACCUGGCUGGCAGUGAGCGGCAGUCCAAGACGGGAGCCACUGGGGAGCGUCUGAGAGAGGCCACUAAGAUCAACCUGUCCCUGUCUGCCCUGGGCAACGUCAUCUCAGCGCUGGUGGACGGGCGCUCCCGACACAUCCCCUACAGAGACUCCAAACUCACCCGGAUGCUGCAGGACUCGCUGGGGGGCAACACUCGCACCCUGAUGGUGGCCUGCCUGUCGCCCGCCGACAACAACUAUGAAGAGAGCCUGAGCACCCUGCGCUACGCCAACCGAGCCAAGAGCAUCCAGAACCGGCCCCGGAUCAACGAGGACCCCAAAGACGCCCUGCUGCGAGAGUACCAGGAGGAGAUCAAGCAGCUCCGCGCCCUGCUGACCGGGCAGAUCGGGGACACCAGCCUCUCCACUCUGCUGGCCAGCAAGCUCUCAGGAGCGCCCCCUGCAGUGCAGCCCAAGCCUCCACCCAGCCCAGGUGUGGAUAUUGAGGCAGAGAAAGCGAAGAUACGGCAGGAGUACGAGGAGAAGCUGGCACGGGUGCAGGCAGACUAUACCGCUGAGAAGCAGUGCAAAGUGAAGUUGCAGGAGGACAUCACCGCUCUACAGAGCACCUUUGAGAGCAAGCUGGCCAGGCUGGAGGAGAAACGCACUCAACGCACUGCGGCUGCCCCUGUGACUGCGGAAGGGAGCUCUGAAGAAGACCUGCCCCGCCCAGGCACUGCUGUCCCCCUGGAGGUCACAGCAGCAGAGCAGUCUUUAGCAAAGCCGCAGUCGAACCAGCCCCAGAUAGCCAAGCACAUUGGCAGUGUGCAGAGAGAGAGUGUGGAGGAAGCGGGGGCGGCGACAAAGAAAGAAGAGGAGGGGGAGGGGGAGGGGGCCACAUCACCAGCCCCCCUGGACCCCAAGCAGGUCCUGGAAAGGCUGCAGCAGCUGGAGCAGGAGGUAGUGGGCGGGGAGCAGGCCCGCAACGAGAAGCUCCGGGAGCGGCACAAGCAGAGACAGAGCCUGGCGGACCAGCGCAAGAAGCAGCUGGUGGAGGCGCUGGCAGCGACCAGCGAGGAGAGCGACAGCAUGCUGCUCAACGUCUACGACUCCAUCCAGGAGGAGGUGCACGCCAAGAGCAAACUGCUGGAGGACAUGCACACGAAGCUGAGGGCUGCAGACAUUGAGAUUGCUGACCUGCAGUCAGAGUUUGAGUUUGAGAGAAUCGAUUACCUGGCUACAAUCCGGAAGCUGGAGCGGGAGGGCCAACUAACGCAGCAGAUCCUGGAGCGUGUGCAGCCGCUCGUCCGUCGAGACUGUAACUACAGCAACAUGGACCGCGUCCGCCGCGAGGCCGUCUGGGACGAGGACAGCGCCACCUGGAGGCUCCCAGAGGCAGUGGUGCUAAAAACAUCCCUGCCUGCAGCGGUUCCAACUCCAGCUCAGGGCAGUCUGGGAAAACAGUCAGGACGCAGAAACUCUUCGGCAGAGAAUGGAGAAUUCCUGCUGGAAGAAGAUCGCUACAAGCAGCUGUUGAACCGCAGAGACAGUGAGAGCAUUGCCAGCAACUAUUUCAAAUCCAAGAGAGCCUCCCAGAUCCUCAACUCUGACCCCAUGAAGAGCCUGGCUGUCCACCCUGUCCCCCUCGGUAACGGGACGUCCCAUCUCAGCCCCGGUGCCAUCUCUCCCACACAGAGCCUGGAUGUGCCCCAGCCUCGCCCCUACCGCCUGGAGUCCCUGGAGCUGCUUCCGGCCACUACCAAGACCAAGCGCAAGAAAAGCAAAACCAACCCUAACUUCGAUGGGCCCUGAACCACUGUGGGGACUCUAACCAGCCAGACGAAACAGGCCAAGAAAAAUCAACAGAAAAUUACACCAGGAGCUCAUUCUCCACCAAACUGGAUGCUUUUUAAAUGGCAAAUUUUACCAUGUGCAAUCCGGCUGAGUUUUAUACAGCUGCAUGAUUGCGUCGCUGCUGUAAUUCAUGCAUAUUUGACAAGAACCAGUUGAUGUUGUGUUUUCAGAAAUUCAAUCCUCGCAAUUCCGAAGAACAAACUGCUACUAUAGAAGGAGGUGACAGAUCUGCAUGGCUAUCGGCUGAACUGUUAAACUGCUGUUAAUGAGCCUUGGAAAGACUACCUCGGGGUAAAGCAGGAACUGUUUGUCAGAUCUCUGCAAGACCAACAUUUAAAACAAAAUAAAAUCAAUGCUUUAGUUUACAGAAAACUUUCCCAGUUGAAGAGAAGUAAAGAUUUCAGUUUUUGUUAUAUUAAAAUCCCAACUUGGAUAUUACAGCUUAUGUCUGGUGGAUCUCCACGUCUUAAUUCCACACGGACACACUAGAGCCUGAAAAACAUGGCAUAGACAACACAAGAUUCUGUUGCUUUGCAGCAUCUACUUUGCAGCUGUAACAAUUUUCCUUGGCAAAUAAAACGCACACACAACACUUUUUAAUGUUUGUAGUAAAGAGUUAUAGAUCUUAAAAUGUAUUUAUUAAAUUAAAUGAUAUUCUAGCAUGAUUUGUUCUGUUAUUGUGACAGUAUGGUUUUGCUGAUCUUUUCUUUCUGAAACUCGCUCCACAGACCCUGCAGCUGGGAGAAGAGGUAAUUAUUUGUGAAUAACCCCUUCAACUUCUGCUUAGGAACCUUGUGACUGACAACCAGUCUUCUGUAAAUUUCACUAGAGUAGAUGGGUGUAUGUUCAUAAAUAUCUUUUAAAUUUUCAUCUAGGAAAUCUGGGCAGUUAAAAUAUGUUGGUGUCAAAUGAAUGAACUGGGUAAGUGUUGUAACAUCCAUGCCUUGGAAACUGAAGCACUCUACUCAGUUAAAAUAACUCACAAAAUAAUGAAAAGAUCAAAUAAUGUUCAACGGUUUGUCCAGCAACUUGCUUUAGGAUUUACGAUGAGACUGGGGUAAAAGAAGGCAAGUGACUGCACUUUGAAUUCUUUGUUCCUGAGUAUGGUGCAUGAAGGAUUAGACUUUAGGGAUGUUACCUGUACAUGACUUGCUGUUAUAGCAUUCCAGUCCAUGGUCUGUACCCAGCAAAGGGUUUGGAGGAACACCUACGAGAGGUAUUAACCUAGCAAAUCGCUGGUUAACGCCAGUUAAACUUGAUACGAUUACCUGGCAAAGUAAUUGGUGAAUGGAUCAGAAAGCCCCUCCCCCAGCUUCCACUGUGUAUGCAUGUCUGUUUUUCUACCACUUUACUGACAUGUAUAAAAAUUAAAAAAAACACACCACCAGUAUAAAAACCAUGUUAUUUUUUUUAUAUUAAAAAGUCAUUUUUAUAAAUACAAACUUUUAAACAAACAAUUAUUUUGAAAAAGCACCAAAUUAUCCCCUCCCUGCAUACUGAUAAUUUACUAAUGAAAAACAGCACCAUAUAACCCCUGCCAGCCCACUCAGCGACUGCCUGCUCUGGACUGCUCCAGAAUCACAUCCCACAAUCCAUCCCUUCUGGGGAUGACACCACCACACAAUAGUAACCAGGGGCCAGUUUCACAAAGCACUUCGCAGUCUGCUUAGCAAGCAAACAGUAUCUUGCCUGUCUUCUUUCAACCGCUUUCCUGGUACAAAGUGUAAAGACAGACCUGUUUUGUUACAGAAGUCAGCCAGUCUAAAUGUUUAAAAGACAAGUGUUUCUGUAGCAUUAAUGUGUUUAGCAGACUGCUCCCGAGAAGGGGUUUGUGAAACGGGACCCAGCCUCAUUCACAGAAGGUCCCAGCUUAAAAUGCUCAGAUGAACAGUGCUUUUAUUUCUGUUUUAUAUUGUUUGGAGAUUGAGAUUUUUUUUUUUGUUGCCAAUUAUUCUUCAAAAAAAGUGCGAGUCAUCGUUCUAUGCCUAUUUAAAAUAGGUAAGCUUUUCAGGCAAUUAAUUAUUGCUAAUUAUAAUUGGGUUUAAUACAUAUACUGAUGGUGUUUAGGUUAAUUUGUAAUAUUAUUAUUACUUAAACAAAUUCAAGUUUGUUUAUUUUGCAGGUUUAAAUGUGUAAUCAAUUUUACACUUGGGAAUAUACACUAUUUUAAUUGUAUGAAAUCUAAACUAAAAACAUGGGUUGGGUUUCUGGUGUUGAAGCCAUGUGUAAAAGAACAGAAAUCUUUAUUUAAUGUAAUUAUUUAUCUUUAUCAAAGCAGUGAACACCAUAAACAUUACCAGUAUAUCAUAACAUUGUGUUACUUAAGGUAAUGAGUAACAGGCCAGGUGCAAACCUGAGGUAUGUUGUUCUAGCUUACCAUCAGAGAUGAUCAGCAAUAGUAUGAGGGGCUCCUUCAAUUCAAGGGUUUUUGGGUAAGGGUUGGCAGGGAUGUAAAUUGAGAGAGUCCAGGACGAUCACAUCAAAGUCAUUGCUUUCAGGAGGCACAAGCCAUGCUUGUGGUCCUAACAGCUGGAAUGCCCCCAUAAUUACAAAACACAGACCUAAAAUUUACUGAGCUUUAUUUUGUUGAAAAGGUGGAAUGUUUUGCGAUUUGUCUUUGGAAAGCAGCAGAACUUCAUUACAUUUUUAUAAAGGGAGAUUGCACUGCUGAUGGAAAAAUAAUAAUACAUACGAUCAACCCUGCAGCACUGGGGGCGAAAACCAAAACAAAACAAAAAAAAAUGGCAGACGGGCUGGUCCUACCUAAACUAGAGUCUACUUCCUUCUUGUUUUUGGUGUCCACGUUGGUACAGCUGGUCUCUUAAGGAGGGUUGUCUGAAAAUAGUUAACACAUGCCAGCACUAUGAUGGAGACAUUUCUUACAGCUGAAACCCAAGUGGAUAUAAAAUGGCACAUUAUUGUGACUUUCAAAGAAAUUAACACUAAGGGGGGGUGGCUUUACACAGCUGAAUUCUUACUGUAAGAAAUGUCACUGGAAACCCUGAGAGUGUAGACAAGGGAAUUGGGCAAGGGGAGGAGAAGGAGGGCAGAGGCAACCACACACAACUACUACAAAGGAUAGACAACCUCUCAAGUGAAAAUCCUUUUAUACAGGACACUGUCAAUGAGUACACAUUACCUGUUUAUAACUAUCCCUCACCUGUAGGAACUGUUUGUUAAAUAACAACAAAAUUAAAAAAUCACCAUCACACUGUAUAAACCAUUAGCUUUCUGGAAGUGGGAAUCAAAACACCACAGCAACCAU